AUGUUCGAAGAGUUUUUGGCGAAAAAGACGAGCGGACCGGUGACCUAUGAUGUGUCGCAAGUGUACGAGUUUCUCGACAAGAUGUCCGAUAUCUCGCUCAUGAUUUUCAAUCGGGUUUGUAAUUUUGAUGUCAACAUUCUAUAAUUUUCAAUUGUUUAGGAGACCGGCCAGUACAUUGGACGUACUCGUGCGUGGAUCAAGCAGCAAGUGUACGAGAUGAUGCGUGGACGCUGCAGACAUCCGGAAGGUGGCGAGAAAGUGAUCGUUGGCUACUGA